AUGUCGGGUGCUGAGGCUGCACUUGUCCUCGGCCUGAUUUCAGCUUCAAUUUCUACCAUUGAUGCCGCAAAGAAGGUAUACGAUGCCGUCCACGAUGCCGCAGGCUUACCUCGGGCGUUUCGCGAGAUGGCAGUACGCAUGCCGCUGGUGCUUGCCAUAUUAAGGAAAGCAGAGAGACAACUCAAAAAUGGCAAGGUCGAGGAAAGUAUGCUCAGAGCUAUCCACCCACUCGUGGAGCAUUGCAAGCUGAAAUCCGACAAACUUUCGACUCUGUUGAGGGAAGCGCUGGCGGGGGAAGAUGCCAGCAGAUUUGAGCGAUAUCAGAAGGCUAUACGAACGAUAGGGAAAGGUGGUCGAGUACGGGAGCUGAUGGUGGGUAUUUUGACCGAUAUCCAGCUCUUGGCUGAGAAUCGGUCCAUGGGUGCAGCAACAGAAGAUCAAUUCGAGCAGUUGUUGCAUGCUAUUGAAGAUAUCAAAAAGCACGAUCCUUCAUUUCCGGAUGAUAUUCAAUAUCAUCAAAGUGAGAGACCAGAUGAUCAGUGGUAUGUCUCUGCUGCGAAAACCCAGCUCGCUCUUGACUACGCAUACCGACGCAAUGAUGCGAACAAUUGCUCAGUUUUCUGGAUUCGAGGGGACUCAGAAGAUGUGUUUAUGGGAAGCUACGGAGAUAUUGCCAAGGAAGCCAAUUUGCCAGAGACCUUGACAGGAGAUGAUAAACUCCGGGCGGUCAGGAAAUGGAUUGAAUGCCAGAACAAUUAG